AUGCCUUCCUUCCUGGGCCUGGUUAACGGACUUGUGGUCCUGGAUGUGUGCAGUGGUCAGCGUUUGGUCCAGAUACAGGAAGGGCCACUAUACCGGGUUAAGGGUUAUCCCAUCACCAUCUCCUGUAACGUCAGUGGCUUUAAAGGGCCGGCAGAGCAAAACUUUGAGUUUAUUGCCUAUAAACCCGAUCGUCCUCAGAUGGAACUCAAAAUGAUCAGCACUGCUGACAAUCAAUAUGCCUAUGCAGUGUUCCUCAAGAGAGUGAGAGACGGAGACAUCGAGAUUAAACGGCUGACAGGACACUCUGUUCUCCUACAUAUCAAAGAUCUUCGGUCAAGUGAUACUGCAGAGAUCGAAUGUGCUACCCCAAACACUGAUGGAAAUUAUUUUGGAGCAUACUCUGCCAAAACAAAGCUGAAUGGUAAUAUUCUUCUAAUUGAGGACACCCUGAAGGUCUCCUAUUCUGGGCCCCAAACUCAGAGCUUAACUGAGGGUGAUGAUCUCCACCUGGAGUGCCAAGUGUCCAGUGAGACCUUCCAGCACACCCAUCUGUCUGUUACCUGGCUUGUCCAUGACGACAGUGACGCUGAGCCUCGGCCAAUCAUAGCUCUGGAUCGGGACCUGACUGUGAAGCCUGGUGUUGGGUUCGAAGAUCGUUACCGGUCUGGACAAAUUAGCAUGGAGAAGGUGGGGGACACCACCUACAGGCUCCAGAUGAUCCAGGUACAGCAAUCAGACAGGGGAAAGAUCUACUGCCACGCCACUGAAUGGAUCCAGGACCCUGAUCGCUCUUGGGUGAAGAUUGCUUACAAAGAUACCACAGCCUGCAGUGUGGCGAUCAAAGGAUUAAGUAAGAUGAUUCUGUCUCUAUCCAAAGAUUCCUUCAUCGUUGAUGUGGAAGCUCAGAAGGUGGACGUAAAGGAGGGAGAGACUGCAGAGAUCCGCUGCAGUGUGAAGGUACACAACAUACAGUUUCAUUAUUUUUCCAUGGCCUGGCUAAAGAACAACAAGGAGGUUGCUCAGGUAGGUCCACUGGGUGUUUUGACCGUGGCUCCAGACUACAAAGAAAGAGAGAAUGAUGGUGAGCUGAGGGCGGUGAAGUCCAGUGAUAAGGACUAUGUUCUAACCAUCCGGCAAGUUAGAGCGGAAGACCAGGGACAGUAUCGCUGCAAAGCUUGGCAGGAGGACAGAAGCGACACUGGAACUUUCACAAGACGACAGAGCCAACAGUCCAGUGAAAAGACUCUGACAAUCACAUCAGAAGAUGUGUGCAGUGGUCAGCGUUUGGUCCAGAUACAGGAAGGGCCACUAUACCGGGUUAAGGGUUAUCCCAUCACCAUCUCCUGUAACGUCAGUGGCUUUAAAGGGCCGGCAGAGCAAAACUUUGAGUUUAUUGCCUAUAAACCCGAUCGUCCUCAGAUGGAACUCAAAAUGAUCAGCACUGCUGACAAUCAAUAUGCCUAUGCAGUGUUCCUCAAGAGAGUGAGAGACGGAGACAUCGAGAUUAAACGGCUGACAGGACACUCUGUUCUCCUACAUAUCAAAGAUCUUCGGUCAAGUGAUACUGCAGAGAUCGAAUGUGCUACCCCAAACACUGAUGGAAAUUAUUUUGGAGCAUACUCUGCCAAAACAAAGCUGAAUGUAAUUGAGGACACCCUGAAGGUCUCCUAUUCUGGGCCCCAAACUCAGAGCUUAACUGAGGGUGAUGAUCUCCACCUGGAGUGCCAAGUGUCCAGUGAGACCUUCCAGCACACCCAUCUGUCUGUUACCUGGCUUGUCCAUGGCGACAGUGACGCCGAGCCCCGGCCAAUCAUAGCUCUGGAUCGGGACCUGACUGUGAAGCCUGGUGUUGGGUUCGAAGAUCGUUACCGGUCUGGACAAAUUAGCAUGGAGAAGGUGGGGGACACCACCUACAGGCUCCAGAUGAUCCAGGUACAGCAAUCAGACAGGGGAAAGAUCUACUGCCACGCCACUGAGUGGAUCCAGGACCCUGAUCGCUCUUGGGUGAAGAUUGCCUACAAAGAUACCAAAGCCUGCAGUGUGGCGAUCAAAGCUAUAGAAGUGGCUCCAGAUCAGGAUGCCUUUAUUGUGAGUGUAGACACUCUUUCAGGAGACGUAGAAGAGGGAAAGACUGUUGAGAUCCGCUGUAGUGUGGAGGCACAGAAUAUUGAAAGCCGUUAUUUUUCCAUGGCCUGGCUAAAGAACAACAAGGAGGUUGCUCAGAUAGGUCCACUGGGUGUUUUGACCGUGGCUCCAGACUACAAAGAAAGAGAGAAUGAUGGUGAGCUGAGGGUGGUGAAAUCCAGUGAUAAGGACUAUGUUCUAACCAUCCGGCAAGUUAGAGCUGAAGACCAGGGUCAGUAUCGCUGCAAAGCUUGGCAGGAGGACAGAAGUGACACUGGAACUUUCACAAGACAACAGAGCCAACAGUCCAGUGAAAAGACUCUGACAAUCACGACAAAAGGGAGUGGUCUGGCUGUUGUCAUGGCAAUGGAAAAUAUUAUCGUGACAGAGGGAGAUGCGCUGAAGAUCAUCUGCACAGCGUCUGGAUCCAGUCAACAGUUAUCCGUGGAAUGGCACCAUAAAACAACCUCAGGGAGUAGCAGCAGUGUCAUUAGCCUGAGCAGAGAGGGAGUGAUGACAGACCUUGGAACUCAGUAUGAGCAGAGGGGUGUUCGGACUUUCAGGUCCACACCAGAAAACUUCGCCCUAGAGAUCAGCGAAGCUGCUUUGGUAGACAGCGGUGAAUAUACAUGCACUGUGUCUGAAUGGACUAUGGAGAGCAGUGGAAACAUGAAAAAAGCUGGAAGCAAUUCAAAGAGUGCAGCUGUCACUGUUAAUUCUGUGGAUUCUCUUCUGAAAGUAGACUUGAAGAGUCGUGAUAUGAGGGUGACAAUAGGUAAUGGUAUUGAGUUGAUCUGCAGAGUGAGGGGACCAAAAGUUCCCCUGACCGUAAGGUGGAAGUUUAAGACAAACAGCUCAGCUGUUCAAAGAGAUGUUAUGUCUUUGCUUCACACUGGAGACAUUUUCUGGACAGAAGACCAGAACAACUAUCAGCUCAAGACUAUAGUAAAUCCAACUGAGACCAAUUUCAUUCUCAAGGUGAUUAGUGCCAGUCUCCAGGACGGUGGACUUUACCAGUGUGAAGUUGAGGCAUUUCUGAGGCAAAUUCAGAAAUCAAGUAAAAGCUCUUACCCAUUGGGAGUGACUGUUAAAAAGCCAGAAAGCACACUGUCUCUCUCUAUCCAGCCCCAGUCUCAGGUCCAGGUCAGCGUUAACACUGAAGUGAGGAUUGAAUGUUUAAUUAGUGAGAUGAUCAGCAAUACCUCCCGCUUUGCCGUGACAUGGCAGAAGGGUGACCAAAUGGUGAUAGGCAUGGAUCGUGAUGGCGUGAUCAAGCUUGGCCCAGUGGCUAAUCUGGGGCAAAAGCAGAGGAUAUUUAUGAAAAUGCUAAAUAGACAGACUUUUGAACUGACCAUUCAGCAGACCAGUAGUGGAGACAAUGGGCAGUACCAGUGUGUGGCUGAAGAAUGGCUACAGGAUACACAUGGCGACUGGUUUUCACUUCCAGAAAAGUCCACGACGGUGACACUCACUGUCAGCGAAGAAGCGAGUGACUUCACAAUGAACAAAACUGGCAUGCAGCGUAGCAUUGUGGAGGGAGAGCGUGUGGAUUUGCUUUGCUCUCUCAGUUCUGGUGGAGAUGACAACACUCGGAGGUACAGUCUUACUUGGUAUUUUGAAGAUACACCACUCCUGAGGUACAGUCAUGAUGGUACUCUGGAGUACAGCAAGGAAAACCAGGAUCGUCGGGACAGACUCCGCUUCUCCAGACCUAGUCCCAGUUCCUUCGAACUGUUCAUCAUGAAUGCUAUGCAGUCCGACAGCGGUCGUUACUACUGCAAGGCUGAGCAAUACCUGUUUGACUGCAAGGACAAGUGGGAACUGAAGGCAAGCGACCAAUCUGGCUACACAUACGUUACAGUCCAGCUCUUAGGAAGCAAACUGCACCUACAGAAAAAGAACUCCAGCCACAAUAUAACAGAUUGCAAGACUGGUUUUACAGUUGAUUGUAAUAUCGUCUCACGGUCCAGUGUUAAAUCUGUGUUUGACGUCGCAUGGCUGAAGACUGAGGGAAUGGGCGGAGCUCAAACAUCCAAAACUAUCUUUCAUGCCAAAUUGGAUGGCACCGUGUACAGUGAGAAUAGAACCCGUGAUAUGGUGUAUAGUCGACCAAGUCCCACCCAGUAUACCCUCUCUGUGCCCAAUGUUGACAUGUCUGACAACGGAGAGUACUACUGUCAAGUAGAGGAGUGGCUACUCACACCUGCAAACACAUGGAGGAAAUUGGCUGAGGACAAAUCUGGAGUGCUGUCAGUCAACAUACACACAGAAGGUACUACGGACAGGAAUGCUGAAGAAACCUGCCCAGCUGGAACGAUUCUGGGCAUAGCCAUUCCUCUGAUUUGUUUCCUGGUUGUGGUUAUCGUUGUACUGCUGUUUCGAUCUUUCAAAAGUAAAUCUGGAGCAAAAAAACAGACAGAUUCUCUCUGGGUUAACAAAAGCCCGCUGGAGCUCACGACUGAGGCUUUGACUGCAGGAUGUGAAAGUUCAUAA